CGCCAAGCCCCCACAGGCGGGAGGUGGGUCCGCGCGUGAUCGCGGGGCCUCUGGGCGCAGGUAUCGGGUGCUGCCCCGCGGGCCGGACGGAGCCCAGGUUCCCGGUGGGCGGGCGGGCGUGAGACUCGUGCGAUCGGGCCGUAGGGUUCCUGCUCCUGACCACCGAGGGACUUCCCUCCGUUCCCGCGCGCACCGGGACGGUCCUCCUGCAGUCCCCUCAGGGUGCCAGGGCCUCUUCAGAUCCCUACACAAUCUCUGACCUCAUCGGGACCUUUGAGAACUAGGUGCAAGAGCUGAGAUACUGGUGUGUGUGAACUGGAAACUUUGGGCCUUUUGAAGGAACUCACUGGAUGGCUUUGAAUUGUACACAAAGUCACAGAUCCUAUCAGAAACUGCCUCUGCCCAUCCAGCAUGCUUCUCCUUGCUGUGGAGCUCCCUGAGGGGAGUUGGAACAAGUCCCAGUGUAGACAGCUAUAAGGAUGCUCCUGAAAGCAGACCACAGGCUACUGAGUUAAUGUAGUCCACCUCCGGUCCCUUUCCUCCUGGACUUCUCCGUGGUGCACAGAUACUUCUGGAAAUGUACCUGCCCAGAAGGGAAGCUGCCUUUUCAUACUGACUGAAGAGUGAACAAGAGGCAGAAACCACCUGGCUGGACCACACCUGGCAUCACUGGCCUGGGGAUACCAGAUGGGGACAGAGAAGCUCUUCUAGGAAGAAUACCAGAUGAAGAGGAUGAAGCCAUCUGGAGAGUAAAUGGCCACCACCACUCCCCCAGAGACAAAGUCUGCAGCAUGGUGGAACUACUUUUUCCUGUACGAUGGUUCCAAGGUAAAGGGAGAAGGGGACCCAACCAGAGCAGGCAUCUGCUACUUCUACCCGCCCCAGACCCUGAUGGAUCAGCAAGAACUGCUCUGUGGCCAGCUUGCUGGAGUCGUGCGCUGCCUGUGGGACCUUUCUGGCACCCCACCAAUGCUCAUCCGUCUGAGGAAACUCAAGUUUGCCAUCAGGGCGGAUGGGGACUACCUGUGGGCUCUGGGGUGUGGUAUGGAGCUCUCUGAUGCCAGCUGCAGGCAGUUUCUGGAUCAGCUCAUUGGAUUUUUUCAUUUCUACAUGGGCCCUGUCUCCCUGGCCUACAAGAGCCAUCCUCAGGAGGAGCUGAGCUUGCAAUGGGAUACCUUCAUCACACAAGUUCUCAGGAGCACCAACGAGUCUCACAGGAUCUUCAAUGCCCUGUGGAACCUGGACUACACCAAAGUGGAGCCCCUGCUGCUGCUGAAGGCAGCCCUCAUCUUACAGACCUGCCAGCGCUCACCCCAUGUGCUAGCUGGCUGCAUCCUCUAUGAAGGACUGAUUGUGAAUUCCCAGCUCCCACCUUCCCUCACUGCCAAGGUCCUGCUUCACCAGACUAUACCUGCAGACCAGAGGCUGCCUGGAGCAGGAGCUGCCCCACAGGAGACAGGAGCAGCCUUGCCCCCUGAUGUACAGAUCACCCCUGUUUUUCUGAGUGAGAAGGAAGUUGCCAUCCUCCAUGAGUUCCCAGUAAAGCAUGAAACUCGACUCCAGGAAAGUUCAUUUCACUACCCUCCUUGGGAUCAAAGCAGCCCUACCCAGGCCGAAGAUGCCUGGACAUCAGCCACCAUCCUAGAGCCCACACCGCAUGAUGGAACAUGGCCGAAUGGCAGCGGGUUGGAUGAACACUUGCCUAGGCUUGAGCAGGAGCAUGCUGGGCCCACAGGUCCGUGCACCACUGCCUGUGGCCAGGGCUCUGGCCUCAGCAGCAGGCUGCAGAAGGAGCUGUGUCUCUCCCAAGAGGAACUGAACUUGUCUGAAAUGCAUGUUUCUGAGGCUCGGGUAGCCUUCCCACCUGUGCCUGCCCUGGGUGAUCCGGAGACUAUCCACACCAGCUGCAAUGCCCCCACACUGCCUGAAGACACAGCCAUGUGUAGCUGCCUGGACCCUUCCUCCCCUGAGAAGCUCCCUGAGAGUGGGAGGCCGGAACGGCUUGCAGACCUUCCCCUUACCAACAGCCAAAUCCAAGCUCCUGGCGCAGACCCUCUGCCCAGCAGCAGGCCUGUGGGACUUCUUCCCCAGCAUCCUGUGGGUGUAGAGCCCAGUGUGGAGCCAUACGGGAAUGGAGCCCAGGAGAGCCACUUAGCCCUGGCACGCAGUUCCUGCUCAGCUGACUCUCAGGGCCCCAGACCCUCUGCAGACAAAAUUGACUUCAAGCCAUCCCCAUCUGGGCCCCAGGCAGGGCUCGUGCCCAUGAACCUCUACACCCACAGUGUGAAUGGACUGGUGCUGUCCCUGCUGGCUGAGGAGACUCUUCUCAGUGAUACUGCAGCUAUCGAGGAGGUGUACCACAGCAGCCUGGCAUCGCUGAAUGGGCUGGAAGUCCACCUGAAAGAGACACUGCCCAGAGAAGAAGCUAGCCUCACAAGCAGCACGUACAGCUUCCUGCAUUAUGACCGGAUCCAGAGCGUGCUCUCAGCUAACCUGCCCCUAGUGGCUGCUCCCCAGGACCGACGGUUUUUGCAGGCUGUCAACCUCAUGCACUCCGACUUUGCCCGGCUGCCUAUGCUGUACGAGAUGACUAUCAGGUCCCCCUCUGUGCGGUGCUCCAUCCUUCUGUCAGCCUGUGGCCCAGGCUUCCGGCUCUCUGACAAGUCCCAGGCUCCUUGGCUGGUGGAUGGGACAGUCCCUCCUGCUGUGGCGAGUGAAGGGCAGGAGCAGGGCUCUGCCUCUACUGCAUCUUUUGUGUCGACAGAACCUCAGGGUUCAUUUGCUCAGUAACUGGGUCUUCAGAACCUGGCUGCAGCCACCUCAGACCCUGAGCUGAAAAGACAGGAGGACAGUUGUUCCCCAGGCCUGAAAGUCAAAGAGAUAGUCUGAGCCACCCCUGA